UAAUGAAUGUUCAACUCCGAACAGAGACAUGCGACUUGUGUCACGUCUAUAACUUCUGUACCUGACUGUGUUAGAAGUAUGUGCCGUGUUGUUCCAUCGUCGUCGCUCUUCCACAUGCAAGUGCCUUCCUUAUGAGUGUUGACUAGCAUAUUCAUAUAUACAUUGACACCAGUCCUGCAUUUUAUGCCGUCAGAGAAAUAAAAAUGCAACAGGAGACCCACAGUGGUGCCAAAACCAAACCAAAGGACACGAAAGAUUUCCUCGAAAGAGAGGAAUUCACGUUGAGAAAACGACUGCCACCGAAGCUUCCCAAACGUAAGGAUGAUGUUUACGUGACAAGAAAGACGGAUUUCCAAGCUCAGAUGAAACGUUGUCAGAAUAUACUUGAUGCUGGAAAUGAAGUGUAUAUUCAUGGACUUGGCGCUGCUGUGAACAGAGCCAUCAAUUUAGCUCUGCAACUGAAGGCAAAUGGUCGCGGAACAGUAGACGUGUCUUGUCGAACCUCAACUGUCGAACUUACAGACGACCUUGAACCGAACAACGACGAAGCCGAGGCAGACACAAGUGUAAGGAAUAACUCGGCAGUACACAUCAAAGUCUGCAGACCGCACUCCCCACACGAGGAUGGCCAAACUAACGUGUCCAGUCAGUGACUCGACCAUUAUACAGAUUUCGUCGUAUCCUGUUCGAACAGACCAUUGAUGUGUGUUGAUGACACUGCUGUUCAAGCAUAUGAACCUUAUGUGGAAGUAAAACUAAGUCAUUUUUGUUCUCGUGCUACAACACACUCGGUAGAUAUGACACGAGUGCUGUGAACCUCGUAUUGACCGACAUGUGUAUAUCCCCCAGGUAUUGCUAUUGACCUGUUGAUAGAUAUGUUUCUCGAUGUGAAAAAGGAUUAUUUCCGUUUGUAUAUCCAUCGAAAGAAAUGUCUGUACAUUUUCCUGAAUACAAAUGUUAGAUUAA